CCGAGUGGAUUCACCAGAAAAUGCUGUUUGUGCUUAAUGUGCUGAUGAUGCUCAGAGCGGGACGAUGCAUGAAUCAUCCGUCCUUUGAUGAAAAGACUGCUGCAGUCGGAGACGAGGUUGAAAUGAAGUGUAAGCUUGACUCUACAGGAAGCUAUUUCUGGAUCCGCCUCGGUUCUGGAAACUUUCCUGAAUACUUAGGAAAAGCAAAUGGCUUGGAUGUGAAGAAUUCACGCAUUACAACUAUGGAACAACGAGAUAAGGGAGGAGAAUUUAUUCUGCGUAUGAGAAAAGCAGAGCUGAGGGAUACAGGAUUUUAUUAUUGUAUGAGAACAAAUCAACGAAACUUGACUUUUCUGACAGGAACAAACCUGACAGUUAAAGCACAACCUGGAGACGCUGCAGUCCGUCCUCCUGAUCCGGUCGGUCCGGGAGACUCAGAGAAGAAGCAAACCUGUCCAGGAGAACACAGUGCGUGCUGCUUCAGAGCCGGAUCACAUCAGUCUCAUCCAAGAUGGAAUUUCACUCCAGAGAACAGUGUUAAAGGAAGUGAAAGGAACCCGGCUGGAGUCUCGAUAAAGAAAUGUAUUUGCAGUGUCACUCAGAACUUCAGCUGUUCUGGUGAGGGGACUUACUUCUUUGCUGUGGACACGUGUGAGGAGAAAACUUCUGGAAACAGAUCAGACUCGGCCAAACAAGGUAAAUGUUUCCUUGGUGUUUGAAAUGAUGAGUUCAGUGCCCUGACUUGUAUUUACCUUAGUCUAUGAAAUAAGCCUUAUUUUGGACAGUCGUCCAACUAAGACGAGCCUUUAGGUUCAGGUUCACUGACUUU